GCGGCAGGCGGGACUUCUUACGUGCAACACGGAGGAAGUCCUCUUGCCCAACCACGAAAAGGAAGAAGGAGCUUCUCCUAAUGCUCACUCGGGUAUCCCUGGGACAGGCAUGGGCAAACCUUGGCCCUCCAGUUGUUCUGGACUUCAACUCCCACAAUUCCUGAGGGGGAAAAGGAAGGGGCCUCAGGCCAGGAAUUGUGGGAGUUGAAGUCCAGAAAACUUAAGCGGCUGAGGGGGGAUAAGGAAGAGGCCUGAGCCCAGGAAUUGUAAGACCUAAAGUGCAAAACACCUGGAGGGCCGAGGUUUGCCCAUGCCUGGCCUAGGCAGAGGGAAGUGCAACACCUUUGGCUCAACUUCAGGCAUUGACUGUGUCCUAACCGUCCUCUUCACCAUGUGAGAGAAACUGGCCCACUUAACUGGAGGCUGCGGUUGUAUGCUCACCUUCCAACGAAGACCUGGAUUCAAUGUCAUUUCAACUAGCGAAGAGAGGGGGUUCCACCAUGUCUCCUGCAUCAUCAGCUGGGAGGCCCCUCUCCCGAGCACCAGCUGCCGCUCUGGAGUCAGAGUGAAGAAGGGGAGCCAGGAAGACAGACUUCCACCAUGUCUCCUGGAUCAUCAGCUGGGAGCCCCUCUGCUGAGCACCAACUGCCGCUCUGGAGCCAGAGUGAAGAGGGGGAGCCAGGAAGACAGAAUUCCACCAUGUCACCUCGGUCAUCAGUUGGGGGCCCCUCCCCCAAGCACCAACUGCCGCUCUGGAGCCAGAAGAAAGAAGAUCCUCAAAGAACUGGAUGAUUAUUAUGAAAAGUUCAAACGAGAGACUGAUGCAGUACAAAAGAGAAGGGUCCUGCACUGUAUACAGAGAUCACUGAUCCGGAGUCAGGAACUGGGGGAUGAAAAGAUUCAGAUUGUCAGCCAAAUGGUAGACCUGGUGGAGAACAGAACUAGGCAACUUGACAGUCAUGGAGAACUGUUUGAGACUUGCCAAGAGACGAAUGACACCACUGGAAACAGUGGCAAAGCUAAUCAAGACAAGUCAAAGAACGAGACAAUCACUCAGGCUGAGAAGCCAAACAACAAACGAUCCAGGAGGCAAAGAAAUAAUGAAAACCGGGAGAAUGCUUCUAAUAAUCAUGAUCAUGAUGACAUCACCUCAGGAACUCCAAAGGAAAAGAAAGCAAAAACCUCCAAGAAAAAGAAGAGGUCUAAAGCCAAAGCAGAGAGGGAGGCUUCCCCAGCAGACCUCCCUAUUGAUCCCAAUGAGCCAACUUACUGUCUCUGUAACCAGGUCUCCUAUGGAGAAAUGAUAGGCUGUGAUAACGACGAAUGCCCAAUCGAAUGGUUUCACUUCUCAUGUGUGGGACUCAAUCAUAAACCAAAGGGGAAGUGGUACUGUCCCAAAUGUAGAGGAGAAAAUGAGAAAACAAUGGACAAAGCACUGGAAAAAUCUAAAAAAGAAAGGGCUUACAACAGGUAGUUUUGAAAUCAGAAGAGAAUAGGGCCAUGAAAACUUUUAUUUAUUCUGUCUCACUUUUUGUUGAGGUACUAGGAUUGUAAAAUGUAUAUUUUUAAAGAAGGUUGCAAAUCAAACAAUUCUUGUAAUAGGGGUGGCAAUAAGGAAAUGUUUGGGUUUUUUCACCCUUUGAUAUGGCUGUUAACAAGAAAACAAUCUGUUGGCCAAAGCAUACAGUGAAUUAAUAAGAGUUAACAUGUAACGUUUGACUUCAUUUUAUGAAAAAUCUGUCUGUACUCAUUGGUAAGACUCUGCCCAUGAAAAUGUAGAUAGUCAACAUAUCUUGGAUAGCGUUCCAGUUUUCUUUAUAGUGGAAUGCUGUUUUUCUUUCCAGCAAAUUGUUCUAUGGUCUGUUUGAAUAAAGCAGCAGAACAUUACAAAUUUAUCCUAAACAUAAAUGACCACUCUAUUAUCUCUCAAAAAGAGCAUACAGUCCUUCUGCCCAUUGGCUUUACUGGGCUUAAGUGUAUUUAACAUUGGGCCAUUUUUCAGGAGGAAGGUCUUCCGUGUUUCAAACACAGUAAUUCCAAAAGCUUUUUGCCCUCUUUUAAACUCCUGCUAAGCCUCAUUGCUUGCAGUGAGACUUAUUUCUAAGGAAUAGGUUUCGAUCAGGGCACAAAAUUCUUCUGAUGCGCAAUAGCAUGUAAGAACUUACAGGAUGGCUCCCGUUAAGUGUGUCCGUCUAGCAGCUCAAUAAUAUGUUUAACUACAGCUACAAGCUUAUUUUUUAAAAAUGCAAAAGGUUAAAUUUUACACAGCAUAUUUUAUAUAUUGGCCAAGUACCACAAGGGCCUUUUAAAAUGAUUUAGUAUAUUUUGUAUUUAACCAGGAAGGCGUUUAGUAAUGGAACUUAACAUAAAUCAAAGCUUUAUACUGUCACAGAUAAUAGAGUAGCAGUCUUUACUUUGUAUAAGUUGUAAAAAAUGUACAUUUUCAAGUGGAGUUGCACUUAAUUGUAUUAUAAUUGGAAAUGCAUCCACAUGCCAUGGUGUAGCCAAUAUGCAUUUUCUUCUGUAUGUAUGAAAACUGUACAGCAAUGAUAAUAAAGAAUAAAUUAAACAAGUUGGAUAA